GAAAUGUAGACAUUUCUAAAGCAGACAGAUUUUUUUUAGCUUUUAUUUGUCCUCUUUGCGCUAAUUUUACCGGUAGAAAUUAUGCAAACGUGGAGUCUCGUAUCAAUUUCCGUGUUGCUCGGCGUUGUUGUGAGAUGGGGCGUUUCGUUAAACUCAUAUUCAGGGGCGGGGAAACCUCCCAUGUUUGGCGACUAUGAAGCUCAAAGGCACUGGCAAGAGGUGACCUACAACCUCCCUGUCAAGGAAUGGUACUUUAACACCACUGAGAAUGACUUGAACUACUGGGGCCUUGACUAUCCACCUCUGACUGCCUACCACAGCCUGAUCUGUGCAUUUAUAGCAAAGACAAUAAACCCUGAAUGGGUGGAGCUCCACAAAUCCAGAGGUUAUGAAAGCCCAGCACACAAGUUAUUCAUGAGAGCUACAGUCCUGGUGGCAGAUUUGUUAAUAUACAUCCCUGCGGUGGUUUUAUACUGUUUAUACCUCACUGAUGGUUCUUCAAGAAAAAAGGUUUCCACUUUGUUCUGCUUCCUUCUCUACCCAGGCCUAAUUCUCAUAGACUAUGGGCAUUUCCAGUACAAUGCAGUGAGUUUGGGCUUUGCCCUGUGGGGAGUUCUGGCUCUGGGUCUGGGCUGGGACGUGUUUGGCUCUGUGGCCUUCUGCCUGGCUCUCAACUACAAACAGAUGGAGCUGUACCAUGCUCUGCCUUUCUUCUGCUACCUGCUGGGGAAAAGUGUCAAACUGGGCCUGAUGGGGCGAGGGCUUUUCCUGUUGGUGAGAAUUGCUUCAACAGUGUUGGUGACUUUUGCCCUCUGCUGGCUGCCCUUCCUGUCCGACCCCAGUCAGGCCAUGCAGGUGGUUAGGAGGAUCUUUCCCGUGGCUCGCGGUCUGUUUGAGGAUAAGGUGGCCAACACAUGGUGCAGCUUGAACACCCUGAUAAAGAUCAGAUCCAUUCUGUCCAGUGACUCCCAGAUCUACCUCAGUUUAGCCUGCACUCUCCUGGCAGUGCUACCUUCCAGCGUCAGACUCCUGACCAAGCCCACUUUCUGGCAGUUUAAACUGGCUUUGGCCAAUUCAUCUCUGGCGUUUUUCCUCUUCUCCUAUCAAGUCCACGAAAAGUCCAUCCUCUUGGCUGCCUUGCCUGCCUGCCUCCUGCUGAAUGACCUCCCUUUGAUGGGUAUUUGGUUCCUGCAGGUGUCUACAUUCAGCAUGCUGCCUCUGCUUCUGAAGGACGGUCUACUGGUGCCUUAUGUCGUGACCUCGUUGGCCUUCCUCUUCUUCAGCAUCUAUCUACUGUCUGCACUGGAGCACUGUUCAGAGGAAGAGCUGAGACUGGGAACCUACCGAAAACUGUUCUUCUGCCUACCCAAACGGAAUCUGGCCUGGAUUGUAAGAUGGAAGUUCUACAUCAGUGUCGCAGCCAUGGCUGGUCUGAGUGUCGUGACUGUAGCUCUGGAUCCUCCAUCACAUCUACCUGACUUGUUUCCCGUGCUGGUGUCUACUACUGCUUUCGUGCACUUCUUGGGAACCUUUGUACAUUUCAACAUUGUCCAGUUUAGCGAGCCACCCAACAGAAAGAGCCAGAAGAAGAACAACUGAACAAUGCCAAUGGAAGUGAUAUAUACGACCAGAUUGUUUCUUCGCUAACUAUGCUUCAGGGAAGCCAGUGUUACACCAUGGGGCACAUAAAUGUGCAUGAAAGCUAUCACUCAUGACAUCAUGUCCACAUUGCAAACGGCACAAAUGUAGAGCUGCAACGAGUAGUUCAAGAAAUUAAAUUGAAAACUAUUUUGAUAAUCAAUCAUUUAAGUCAGUUUUAAAGCAAAAACGCCAAACAUUUGAUGGAUCCAGCUUCUCAAAUAAGAGAAUUUUUCUGUGUGUUCUGCUCUUGUAUCAUAGUAAAUUGAAUAUCUUUGCUCAGACAAAACAAGAGAUUUGCUGGCAUCACCUUGAGCUCUCAGAAUAUGUGAUGGGCAAGUUUUCUUAACUUUUAUAGACCAAACGAAUAAUAGAGAAGAUAAAUUCAUCAUUAGGAAAAAUAAGUGUUAGUUGCAGCCCUACACAAAUUCUCAUCCAAUGGAUAUUUUUGGGCUGAAAUAUCAUUAUACUACAAAUUUGCAACUCAGAGGAGCUGUGACAUCAAAAGGAAAGGGUAGCCACAUUUCACCAGUUGGACCAAAUAAAUUAACAAACUCAGUUCCCCCGUUACCAAAACUCAAUCCGAGUGACCAAGUAGAGCUGGGUGAUAAAGAGAAAAUCAAAUAUCAUGAUAUUUUUUGACCAAAUGCCUCAAUAUGGAUAUUACAAUGAUAUUAUAGGGUUGACCAUUGGUGUUUUCAAAAUUACAAAUACCACAACAGCUAGAAUGAUCAGAUCACUUUACUGUAAAGCAGCCUUUAAAACUAGGAAAAGACAGCACUUGUAGAAUUACAAUAUCCCAGAUUUAAGACAAUAUCUAGUCAUAUCGAUAGUAACAAUACAUUGUCCAACCUUAUUACAAAGCGUCUUUACUUGAAUCAUUUUUCACUUGGACCAAUGACUUCACUCUUCAAAUGACAUCAUUGCUGGCUAAUCACACAAGUGCAAAUGGACAAGCAGUGUGAAGCCAACACGUUUGACCUUAGACAGCUCUGUGUUUGAAUGGUAAAGCUACAGGAGGUGACCACAAUAAUAGGAACACCUGUUGUAAGGUUCGGUUAUUCGUAAGACCAUGGGGAGAGGUGUUGAUUUCAUUUUGUGUUCAUUUUUAAACUAAAGUUGGUGAUGGUGCAAGACUUAAUGAUAUUGUUGUGUGUUCCUGUCAUUUUGUACCACCUCUGGGUAUUGUGAUUAAAACACAUACUGAAUGGGACUGGACUCAGGUCAACAGUGACAGUUGAUCAUUAUUCACAUGAAUUUUUUUUUUUUUUUACGGUUUUCUACUGUAUAUUUUUAUCCAUCAUUGAAGUUCUUUUGUACAAACUUAGUUUUUGUGAAAAUAAAUAAAAUUCUCAAUGA